CAAUAACAGCUGGAAGCGGCUAAAGAUGGCCGCCGCGACCAUGGCAGGGAUCGACGUCCACAGGAUGGAGCAAAAGAAGUUCGAAUACUUCUCCUCCAUCAACUCCAUGGCGAGGAAGAUAAUGCAGGAGAGGAAGAUCAUCGAAGCCAAGCACGGUUCGUCUUGGGAGAAGAUGACGCCGCAGGAGCAAGACAGCGCCAUCGACCACGGAAUGAUGGAUCCGCACAUCCGAGCCCGAUACGCCAUGCACAGGGUCGAACGGGAAGAAGUGGUCUGUUACCCUAAGCUGCUCCUCCAAACCGGCCAGAAGAUCGUUCAUUUCGGCGAGGAGGAUAUAACCUGGCAAGAUGAGCAUUCUGCCCCCUUCUCGUGGGAAACCAAGAGCCAGUUGGACUUCAGCUUGUCAUUAGGCACCGCCGACCAGGACUUCUCAGCCUCGCAGGCAGAGUCAAAGCCUUCAAAGGUUCCUCAUUCCAGCCAGCCAACUAAGAGUACACCAGGGGUCAAGGUGUCCGUCAGUGAGAUACGCAGGCCAGAGGAAGAGUCGUCUUUCUGGAAGAUCAGCGCAGAGAGGUCCCGGCUGGAGGGAGAGCAGGCCGACUUCCAGUCCCUAACCCCCAGCCAGAUCAAAUCCCUCGAGAAAGGAGAGAAAUCCCUCCCCUCCUACCUCCGACAGGAGACAACUGUCACCACCAAGGAGCAUGAGGCAGCAGACCCCCACCCUCCGGCUCCCACCAGGUCCACCAAGCAGCGAGCACCCAAACCUCCUGCUCCGCACCCCCCCAUCGCCAUUCCUGUAGCUGUGAGCGCGACACCCGCGUCCAUCUCCAUCUCGCCAAACCCGCCGCCUGUCAGCGUGAUGUCGUCCGUGGCAGGAUGGGAGCGCUCUCAGAGCACCCUGCCGUCAGUCGGGAACACUGUGGACGAAGUGUUCUCCUCCAGCAUGAUGCCCAAACCCUCUCACCCCCCCGCCGGACUGGAGAAAGAGAAACCGGCGGAAGGCUCAGCGGCCAGCCCCACCUUUGCCCAGUACAACACCAGCAACAACCUGCUGAAGACUGGAUUUGACUUCCUAGACAACUGGUAAAACACAAGACCAGCCAGCGCUUUCAAUUAAUCAUCUUCGUCAUCCAUCCAUCACCUGAAGAAAGGAGCACACUGCCAUGACUAUAGACAUCCACGUCUAGAUUUACCAACACACCAGUCUUUGGAAUGAACACAUAUGUUAUUAUCUUAAGUGCUUUGUUCAGACAUGACUUCACUUCCUGUGCUGGUGUACCAUCUCCCUCUUAAUUAGGUUUUGAUUUCUUUCCCACUAAAUGGAUAGCAGCAAAAUAAUUAAAAGUCUGAGGAAAGCAGUAAGAAAAAACAAACGCUAACAAAGAGUGAACCCCCCCUCCCCAUUAAUACCCUUCUAACUCUGGUACCUUGUUGAUCACAUUUGCAGUGUGAAUGCACAGUAAAGGUUUAAGUUUGCUGCCUCCACAUGUAACUUUUAGACGCUAAUCUACCAUAAGCAUGUUACAUUUUCAUUUGUGCAAAACACUACAACACUCUUUGUUUAUUUUUCCUUUUCGGUAGGAAGAUGUUGAUAUGCUUUUAUUUAUACGUACCUAUAUAUUCAUAUAAACUUAAGAGUUUUAGAGUUAAAGUAAUGUGCAGUGCCACAGUCUCGGCCCAAAUGAUGCAAUUACAGCCAACAAUGUUCCUACUGGUUAUGGAAUAGUGGGGAAUUUUUGGAUGUUCAGUUGGGGAAUAUUGUGGGAUUUUACCGUUGCAUCCCCUUUGCAGAAAUUUAAACCGAAUGUAUUUUCCAACAUUCACAUAUCAAUGAAUUCAAUGGUGGUUCUCAUUAAGAGGAAUCCAAAAAGAACAUCAGUGAAGAACUGUCAUGAAAGUGCUCAAACUUAGUCAUGAAUAACUGGCUGCUGUGGGAACCUGUUACAGAGGUCCUGUGUGGAUUGUCAACACCUGCACCAACUGUCACCUUUUUUUAAAUAAAUCUAGUGCUGAGCAAAGCUAUUGUGCAUUUAUAGUGAAAAAAGACGCAGUCAACCGUCGUGUUUUAGAUAAAUAAGCAGGCAUGUAGUGAUUUGUGCCACUUGUGUCAUAGGUCUAAAAUCCGGUUUACAUUGGAGUACUAUUUUACUGAAUUUUAUAUUUAGCGGCUGAUUGUGUCUUAAGCUAUACUUGUAGAUUUCACUCACGUCAAAUAUCGGAAGAAAUAAAUAAAUAAAAGUAAUGUUUA